AUGCACGAGGAGCCUGUUUCCAACCCGAAAACCAUCACACUCAAGCUGUUCAUGAGUCGUCCUCCACAAAUCAGCGUCUCCUACAAGGACAAAAACGACCUAUUCAAGGCUUUCAAGAAGAAGGCACAUGAACUGGGUAUUCCGUCUGGGACCAUAUUUUGGAUUGAUGGAAACGGUGCGCCUGUACGAAUGAGCAACGCCGACCUUCUCAUGGAUGCCGCUCUCGAAUCGGAAACGGUACCUUUCGCAAUUUGGAGAAGGUUGUGCGUAAAUCUCAUAGCCCUGGCAAUCAUUCGAGUAGUAGCUCCAGAAGCAGCUCGAGUAGUAGCUCCAGAAGCAGCAGUAUUUCUCGUGGGCGUCAUGGGUCUCAAUCGAGGAGCCGCUCCAGAGGCCGCAAUCAUCAUCAUGGGCGCCAUCGCCCUCAUUCGAGGAGUCGCUCCAGAGGUCGCGGUCAUCAUCAUGGGGGCCAUUGCCCUCAUCAUGGGGGCCAUUGCCCUCAUUCGAGAAGUCGCUCUAGAGGCCACAGGCAUCAUCAUGGGCGCCAUCGCCCUCAUUCGAGGAGUCGCUCCAGAGGUCGCGGUCAUCAUCAUGGGGGCCAUUGCCCUCAUUCGAGGAGUCACUCCAGAGGUCACGGGCAUCAUCAUGGGCGCCAUCGCCCUCAUUCGAGGAGUCACUCUAGAGGCCGCAGGCAUCAUCAUGGGGGCCAUUGCCCUCAUUCAAGGAGUCGCUCCAGAGGUCACAGGCAAAAUCAUGGAGGCCAUUGCCCUCACUCAAGGAGUCGUUCCAGGAGCCGCAGCCAUUCUCGCGGUCCUCAUGGGCCUCAUUCGAGGAGCCGUUCUAGAGGCCGCAGGCAUCAUCAUGGGCGCCAUCGCCCUCAUUCGAGGAGUCACUCUAGAGGCCGCAGGCAUCAUCAUGGGGGCCAUUGCCCUCAUUCAAGGAGUCGCUCCAGAGGUCACAGGCACCAUCAUGGAGGCCAUUGCCCUCACUCAAGGAGUCGUUCCAGGAGCCGCAGCCAUUCUCGCGGUCCUCACGGACCUCAUUCGAAGAGCCCCUCUAAAGGCUACAACCAUUCUCACGGGCGGCGUAGUUCCCACUCUAAAAGUUCUUCAAGAAGUCGUAGUCACUCUAAUAGUCGUUCCGGAAGUUGUGGCCGUUUCCAUUGCCGUCACGGACCCCGUGCCGAUAGCCACUGUAAUGGACGCUGUCCUCACCAUUCGGAAAAACACUCAAACAGUUCUAGCCGUUCUCCUGGAAGAAGUCACAAUCAUCGUGGAGGAGACUCAAGCCGUUCUUGUUAAUGUCAUCAUUACCGUUCGAGAGCUCGCCUCGGAAGCAGACAUGCUUUCUGCGACAAACCUCUCCGGCAGCGUGCGGAGCGUAGCGUCGUCAGUGGACCUCGACGAGAAAGUUCGUUACGGUAAUCUUUGUCGAGUGGAGAUGAUCACCUAUGACAAAUAUAACACGUUCGUGAUGAACCCACUUUUCGACAGCGGAUUGUCGCUGACAGAAGAUGAGGAAAACAGCUAUUUCAUUGCUGGUGCUCCUGCACGAACUAUUCGUACAGCCUCAAAAGGAUCUGUGGGUUCAGAUGACUGGAGCAGAAACUAUCCCAUGCAUCGAGCUGCUUACGUUGGAGAUGCAGCUGCCAUAGAGUCGUUACUGGCACUGGGUGUCGAUGCAAAAGAAUUAGAUCGGGACUCAUGGACGCCAUUACAUUAUGCGGCCUUCUACGAACGAUUGGAUGCUAUGAGAGCGCUGCUGAACAGCGGAAAUGCCAAUGUGAGUGUUUCGUGGACGUGA